AUGGAGGGACUUGCUAUACCUCCUACUACUGUUGAGCGAUUGAGGAGGGAGCGUGCGGAACGAAAUCAUUUUGAGGAGUGUGGGAUGGAGUGGAGGAGUAGCUACGACCUUGGAGCCGUUCCGAGCUCUGUGUUGGGUCCGGAAGCACGGCAUACAUCCCCGAAUCUGAAAGGAAACGAGCUCUCUGCUCCUCUUACAGCUCCUCAGUUGAAAAUCGGUAUCGACUCUGCCUCGAGUGCCAACAUUCUCACGAUAGACGAGCACCGCACUGCUGCAGCGAACAAUACCACAGUCCCUUCCCCAAUUACCCCGGUCUCCAUCGAGGAAACUCAGUUUGUCGAAAUCAAGAUAACCCCGCCGUCUCCACUUAGGGCCACCAAGAAGAAACAACUCGAGAGCCCGAGCCCGACGUUGCUCGCCCCUCCUCCUCGCCCCUCCUUCUCUUGCACGAAGGGUACGAUCCUCUGGCCCUGUUCAGUCGCAGGUUGCGACAAAAUGUCUUUCUCCCUGAAAGGCAUCACUUCCCACAUGGGUCAGAAACACCCCGGUAUCCAACUCAACGGCAAGUCAUACUCAUCUCGCCCUCCCGCCCCUCCUCUCCCCCCGAAUCCGGCAGACGACGAAUCAGAAUACAUUUACCCAUGUACAGUAUCGACGUGCCCCGAGAACCAUUCCUCCCUCCUCGGGUGCAUGGCACACAUUAAACGCGCUCAUCAUCAUGGUACCUUUCCAACACCGAUUCGUAUCUUGAGACCCAUUUGGCGCUGCCCUUUGAGCGGCUGCAGAUUCAUUUCCACCGAAGACCAGUUCCGGCGCGGCUGGGUGCAACACGUUCGGGCGAGGCACCAGGAUGCUCACCAGGUGUAUUGGAAGUGUCCAUAUGAAAAGUGCGAGAAGGGUAAGGAGGUCCAGUCGGGGGUUUUUCGUGGUAUGAUGUUGCAUAUGAAUACGAAGCAUCGGGAGUGGAGGAAGAAGAAGGAGGGAACGUUCAUGAAGGAGAUGGAGAGAAAGAAAUUGGAAAGUCUGACGUCGCCGAAGACUGAGGAAGAAGUAAAGGAGCCUGAUGUGUCUCAGCAACUGCCGAGUCCGGUGAGCUCCAUUAAAAUCGCGGAGCAUUUGGAGCGGGAAGCCACGGAGCCGUGUAGGAAGAAGAUGAAGAUUGAGGGGGUGGAGAAGUCGGAGGGUAUGUCGAUGACGGGUGCGUGAGGCGACAGAGGUGUUCAAGGAUCGUUGAAAAGGGUUGUAUACGAUACAGCGGUGUCAUGCUUGAGUUUUCUUUGGUUAUGGGCGUUACGUUUUCUCUGUUUCUUUACGGUUUUGAGGGUUGUAAGCGGGUGACGCGGACAUGCGAUUGGACAAUGAAUUGAGGAUAGGGAC